AGGACAAGUCGUUUCAUUCCCCAACCUUUAUGCUAUCUUUGACCUUGCCGGUGGCUAAUAAAACAUAAAUAAAGACACAUCACAGCGGACGCUAACCACAAACCGUGCAAUAUGGACUCGCUACACUCUGCAUAUUUAUCAGCGAAACCAAUUUUGGUGCCACAUUAUAUCACGAACAUAAUAUUAAGCAUUUCUUACAUAUUACUAAAGACUCUUCCUCCUGUAUGCGAAUUGUUAUUUGAAGAUUGCAGUUUAGAUUUGAAAGAAUGGGAAAUGUUAACAUUCCUUGGUUGUAUAAUUGUAAUGAAGAACAGAAAACAAGCGGCAGCAAGACAGUACAUCAGCACUGUGUGUUUAUUUGCUAAAGUAUUAGCUGGUUAUAUGUUCUUCAAGACCAACUCAGCCUACGGUAUCAUAUUUGCAGUUUUUUGUUUAGUGCAGAUGAUUGUCUUCCCAGAACCUGUAUACAGAGGGCCUGAACAGAUAACAUACUUCAGAGGACCUCAUCUUGAGGAAGAAUUAGAGAGAGACAAGAGAGUUACAUGGGUUAUAACAUUUUUUGCUGCCUGGUCUCCUCCAUGUGUAUCUUUUACUUCUGUUUUUGCUGAAUUAUCAAAUGACUACAGUUUAGAAAAUUUGAAAUUUGGUAAAAUAGAUGUUGCAAAGUUUCCAGAUGUUGGACAAAGGUUUAAUAUUGAUAGUGGAUCAUUCUCCAAACAAUUACCAACACUCAUAUUGUUCAGAGAUGGCAAAGAAGAAAUGAGGAAGCCAUUUAUUUCACCGAAGGGAACUGUUGUAAGGUACAGUUUUGUCAAGGAGAGCAUCAUUAGAGAUUUUGAAAUGUCCACAGUUUACAAGAAAUGUAAAGAUAAUCCACUGAAGUCCAGAAAACUUAAGGAGAAGAAAGAAAAUUGAUGAAGAUCUGAUUAUUACAAUUUGUUAUGACAUUGAAUCUCAGAAAAGAGAUAAUUGCAAUAUACAUACCAUUUGUCUGAAUUCGAAAUAUCUGUUGAUACUUGGUUAAAUAAGGAAUAUGUUACAAUGGACAUCACAGGAGAAUUUGAGAACAACAGAACAAUAUAGAUAUAUCCUUCUAUGUGGCUUUAAACACAUUGGACAUUGUUUUUUUUUAUAAUUUUGCCCUAGAUAUAUUAAGCUAUGAACUUUUUUUGUCAUGCAAUAAAACAAGUCAUUCAGAAUAUACAUUUUGGAUCCACA